AUGAAACAUCCUGAAACAGAAUUGCUCCCUCCUGUGCAAUGCGAUUUCCCAUGUGGAUUCAAUCCAUCAUAUGGGAAAUAUGACGCAGCCAAAACAGUCAGCCUGGGCAUGAAAAUUAAACCUGUCAAAAAUAAGGUGGAGCUUCCUAUAGGAAAAUCUCAUCCUGUCACGAUCUCGAUCCUGCUCGAGUGUAAACAGCGACGAUGCCGGCGAGUAAUUUUCGAAAAGAAAAAAAGACCUCUGAGCGAGUAUGGUGUUGAUGAAACUGGUGCUAUAUGGAUUUGCAAGAUUCUGCUAAUGGGUUCAAAAAUAUCGUGUGUUCUCGAGAACAAUGGGAGGAAAAUUGUUGACCUUUUUGAAAGAGACGAAAAUGACGACUUCCACAACUGGAUCUUCCUUUUACAACAGGAAGUAGAAGAGACAAUGUUCCAGGCUGAACAACUUGGUGUUGAGAUGGCAGUCCCCGCAUAUACCACCUUUCCUGCUACACGGCAAGUGGCGUCGGAGAAGUCAACAAUUUGGUCCAGCAUACCCGUAUUCGCCACUGAGGCAAAAGAUGAAGAAUUUACAAUGAAUAUCACUGAUUUCUUUUCUAUCACCAUCAUCAUGCAAUUCGAUCGAAAUCAUCCACGCAGCAUCAUACCUGUGUUGGAGGUGCAUCUUGUCCAGAAAGAGAAGCAGAUGUCGGUAGAAGAAUUCAAAAAAGAUUGGGAGGAAGAUUCAAUUUAUACAUACGAUAUUCCAUAUGAUGGUCUAUUGUUUUCGGACCACCAUAGAAAGAGAGGCCGCAUUGCAAUCGACGGACCCCGAUUAGUUGGCAUUCAGUGA